UUCGAAACAAGGAAGUGUUGAGAUUUGUUUUUUGUCUUUGCGGGAAGCUUCAGUUCUCCAAUCCAACUACAAAGUAUCAGUCUUUGUCGACACAAUUUAUUAUAUACAAGUGCGCAUUGAGUUGUUAAUCGAAGCGCAGGAAUUAAGUGAGUGCAGGUAGACUGUCAGUGGCGGGGUUACCAAGGAGACGGUAGCUGUAAUGCUAGCAGUUAAGAGGCUAAAUACUUCUUAUUGACAUGGCGGAGCUGCACGUCAUCGGUCAGCUCGUCGGGGCUUCAGGUUUCCCUCAGAGUAGCCUCUUUUGUAAAUGGGGUGUCCACACCGGAGGAGCAUGGCGUCAUCUCUCCGGCUUGAAGCAGGGUCAGACUCAGGUGGACACCCCUCAAACAGGAGACACGGCGUACUGGAGCCACCCAAUUGAUGUGCAUUACGCCACCAAGGGGCUCCAAGGCUGGCCGAAGCUUCACCUCCAGGUGUGGUACCAGGACUCCUUCGGCCGCUGCCAGCUCUUCGGGUACGGCUACUGCCACGUACCCUCCAGCCCUGGACACCAUCGAAUAAGAUGUGCCACCUGGAGGCCUCUCGGUUCCUGGCAGGAGCAGCUGUCGCAAAUGUUCGUCGGUGGAGGACUCCAGCUCAGGAGCCCGGACCUUAUCUACAGCGGGGCGGACAGGUACAGACUGCACACCGCCGCCAUGGGGACUGUGGAACUGGAACUUAACGUCAUCAUGAGACACUUUGACAAAUAUGGCGUGGACAGUUAAUGUCCAACAAAAUAAACACUUUGAUUGGACAUUUCCUAUUCAGUUGUUGUACUUGGACUCAAACAUAUGUGCUUUUGCGCACCUAUUUUAUACUUUUGAUACUUUUGAUACUGAUACAAUAAAAUUAUUUUUAAUGUUUUGCCAAUUGAUUUUUUAUGUUUUACCAAUUUACAAUACAUGCCAAAUGUCACACAAUAGUGUAAGUUUAAAAGUGCUAUUAGUAGUCCCUAUUGGGAACGUGUGGUGUUGUGUGUCUGUAGCUUUAAUGCCAGUGAGCUGUGUCCAUGGCUGUCUUCCAGAGUGUGUGGCUCCAACAAGCUUUAUUGUGCACUUUUUACAUUAACACCGUAACUGCAUUUGUACAAUGUAAUAGAUAACAUAUUUCACAACAACAUAGUGGGACAGGACAUAAGCGAUGGCAAGAAACACUAUGUCAGCUACAGUGCUACAUUAUAGUCACGUUUUUAACAGCAACAUCGUGCAAGGUUAGCCCGUUUGCUGCGGAACAACAUAAUUAUCAAACGUACAGAUGCCACAUCUGUAAAUGACUGACAGAUAGUUGGCAGAGCUCCAGGCUAUAUUUAAGAUGUGUAGCAAAGCCUGCUUUUUUACAAAGCUGUCCUCCAUCAAGUGGUGGGUUUGUAGGCCUACCCCA